AUGCGGUCUGGAAUCAAGAAAGAUGAUCAAGAUCCAACUCUUCUUUUGGCUCCUUCCUCAUCCUUUCCUUUAACCAAAUUGGAGCAAUCGUUGGAUGAUCAUGAACUUCUAAUUGCAAAUGUUCUUGUGAAACCUCCUCGAAACUGUAAGGUGAGCUCUGCCACUUGGGUUGCUAAUGCCUCCAAGUCACCCGUACCAGUUUUUGCUAGUACCGUACCGAUUUCUGCCUCCAAGUCACCCAUACUAGUUUCUGUCGGUACCGUACCAGUUCCUACUGGCACAGUACCAGUUCCUACUGGCACUGUACCAGUUCUUGUUGGCACCAUACCAAUUCUUGUCGUACUCCUAUAUGUUGGCAUUGUACAAGUACUUGUUGGCACCGUACCAGUUCUUGUUGGCAUCGUACAAGUUUAUGUCAUACCAGUACAUGUUGGCACUGUACCAGUUCUUGUUGGCACCGCACCAGUUUUUGUCGUACCAGUACAUGUUGGCACUGUACCAGUACUUGUUGGCACCGUACCAGUUCUUAUUGGCAUCGUACCAGUUUCUGUCGUACCAGUACAUGUUGGCACUGUACCAGUUUCUACCGACAUCGUACCAAUUUCUAUUGUCGUCGUACCAGUUUUUGUCGACAUCGUACCAGUUUAUGUUGUCGUCGUACCAGUUUAUGUCGGCAUUGUACCAGUUUCUAUCGACACCGUACCAAUUUCUCCUGUCGUCGUACCAGUUUCUACCGACACCGUACCAAUUUCUGUCGACAUCGUACCAGUUUUUGUACCAGUUUAUGAUGUUGGCGUACCAGUUUCUGCCGACAUUGUACCAGUUUCUGUUGACGCAGUACCAGUUUAUGUUGUCGUCGUACUAGUUUCUGUCGACAUCGUACCAGUUUCUGCUGCCGUCGUACCAAUUUUUGUUGUUGUCAUACCAAUUUCUGUUCCUGCUGCAAGUACGGCCAAACUGAUCUGUGGCAACGAUACCCGUCGCUGUGCCGACGGUUCCCCCUCUCCAAUCUUCUGGAAUAGCACCCCGACUGGUCGUACAUCUCCCACUGGGCUAGCUACUGCAAGCGCCUCCUGA